UCCACAAAGCCAUAUUUCAUAAAAACCACACGUAUUUGGGUAGACCAGCACCAGUUGUCGCUCCAGAAAUUUGCGAAACCUCCAAAUGUCGCCGAAACCGGAACCUUGAAAUAAUAGCAAAAUGCAAUCAAGAUAAUGCAAUAAUAAAAAAUGCCCGAAAUUUGACUCGUUUUACAAGAAUGUCCCUUACAACACAAAACCACACCCUCCCCAAAAUUGAGUAUAAAAACUGACCACUGCAUACAGAAAGCACACUCAAACCAAAAACCAUCAAACAAUCAACGAAAUGGCAUUCAAACUCGUCGUCUUCUCCACCCUCUUGGCUCUCGCUCGUGCCGGUGGCUUGGGUUACGCCUCGUACGCCGCUCCCGCCAUCGCUUCAUACGCCGCCCCUGCCGUAGCCGCAUACCACGCCGCUCCCGCCGUAGCCGCAUACCACGCCGCCCCCGCCGUAGCCGCCUACCACGCUCCCGCUGUAGCCGCCUACCACGCUCCCGCUGUAGCCGCCUACCACGCUCCCGCUGUAGCCGCCGUAGCCGCCCCCGUCGCCAAGGCCGUGGUUGCUGAGACCUACGCCCCCGCCCACUACGACUUCGGCUACGCCGUCAACGACCCCCACACCGGAGACGUCAAGAGCCAGCAUGAAUCUCGUCGUGGAGAUGUCGUCCAAGGAAGCUAUUCGUUGAUUGAUUCUGAUGGCACAAAACGUACCGUCGAUUACGCCGCCGAUCCCCUCAACGGAUUCAACGCCGUCGUCCACAAGGAACCCCUCGCCGCCCCCGUCGCCGUCGCCCCAGUCGCCAGAGUAGCCGCCCCCGUCGCCGUCGCCGCUCCCGUAGCCAGGAUCGCCGCUCCCGUCGCCAGAGUCGCCGUGGCUGCCCCCGUAGCUAGAAUCGCCGCUCCCGUCGCCGUCGCUGCCCCCGUAGCUAGAAUCGCCGCUCCCGUCGCCAGAGUCGCCGUAGCCGCUCCCGUCGCCAGAGUCGCCGUCGCCGCCCCCGUCGCCAGGAUCGCCGCCCCAGUAGCUAGAAUCGCCGCUCCCGCCGUCGGUUUGGGCUACAGCGGAUUGGGAGUCAGUGGAUUGGGAUACAGCGGUUUGGGAUACAGCGGUUUGGGAUACGCCGGCGGUUUGGGAUACUCUGGCCGUUUGGGAUACGCCGGCGGUUUGGGAUACUCCGCCGGUUUGGGAUACUCCACCGGCUUGGGAUACUCCAGCGGUUUGGGUUACUCCAAAGCUCUUCUCUAAAUUAUGAGACUGAUCUUUGUUGUACAUAGUUAUUGAUUUUUAAGUAAU